CGGGCUAUGGCGGAGGAGCAGGGCCAAGAUGAGGACCUGGGUCCUAAACCGUCCGUGUUGUUUCUUCACCCGGACCUGGGUGUGGGCGGUGCCGAGCGGCUGGUUGUGGACGCAGCGCUGGCGCUGCGGGCGCGCGGAUGUAGCGUGAAGAUGUGGACUGCGCACUACGACCCCGGCCACUGCUUCGCGGAGAGCCGCGAGCUGCCGGUGCGCUGCGCCGGGGACUGGCUGCCUCGCAGCCUGGGCUGGGGCGGCCGCGGCGCCGCGAUCUGCGCCUACGUGCGCAUGAUCUUCCUGGCUCUAUACGUGCUGUUCCUUGGCGACGAGGAGUUCGACGUGGUAGUGUGCGACCAGGUGUCUGCCUGUAUCCCAGUGUUCAAGCUGGCCAGACGGCGUAAGAAAAUCCUGUUUUACUGUCACUUCCCAGAUCUGCUUCUCACCAGGAGAGAUUCUUUUAUUAAACGCCUAUACCGGGCCCCAAUUGACUGGGUAGAGGAAUACACCACAGGCAUGGCAGACUGCAUCUUGGUCAACAGCCAGUUCACAGCUGCCAUUUUUAAGGAAACGUUCAAGUCCCUGUCUCACAUAGACCCCGAUGUCCUCUACCCAUCUCUGAAUAUCACCAGCUUUGAUUCAGCUGUUCUUGAAAAGCUUGAUGACAUAGUCCCCGAGGGGAAAAAAUUCAUACUCCUCUCCAUCAACAGAUAUGAAAGGAAGAAAAAUCUGACUUUGGCACUAGAAGCCCUAGUAAAGCUGCGUGGAAGAUUGUCAUCCCAAGAUUGGGACAAAGUUCAUCUGAUCAUUGCAGGUGGUUAUGAUGAGAGAGUCCUGGAGAAUGUACAACACUACCAGGAAUUGAAGAAAAUGGUCCAGCAGUCUGACCUAGGCCAGUACGUGACUUUCCUUCGGUCUUGCUCGGACAAACAGAAAAUCUCACUCCUCCACGGCUGCAUGUGUGUGCUUUACACACCAAGCAAUGAGCACUUUGGCAUCGUUCCCUUGGAGGCCAUGUACAUGCAGUGCCCAGUCAUUGCUGUUAAUUCAGGCGGGCCCUUGGAGUCCAUUGUCCACAGCGUCACAGGGUUUCUGUGUGAGCCUGACCCAGUUGACUUCUCAGAAGCAAUAGAAAGGUUCAUCCAUGAACCUUCCUUAAAGGCCACAAUGGGACUGGCCGGAAGAGCCAGGGUGAAAGAGAAGUUUUCCCCUGAAGCAUUUACAGAACAGCUUUACCAGUAUGUAACCAAACUGCUGGUAUAAUCAGAUUUUUUUCAGGUCUUUAUGCUGUAUUCAUUAACAUCACAUUUGUAGAUUGUUGACCCAGUUUUGAAACCAAAGAAAAAAAGCCUAGUAUCUAGGGCAGAAGAGAUUUUUUUUUUUAACGUACUUGAAUCUUGAAUCUGAAUCACCUUCCUGUACCCCCAUAUCUCCUAGUCUGCUUUUUUAGAAAAAAAUAGUACUUUUAGGCUGUAAUAAUUCUGAGUCUUACCAGUGUUGAUUACGAUAUAAAUAUGGUACAAUUUCACAUUCAGCAGAAUAUUUUAAUAUGUUCUCUAGAUUGUUGCUGUACGUAUAAAUUUUGAGUUAAUUUUGUCCCUUAUUUGGUUUUAACACUUUAAGUGUAUCAUCAUGAAAGUUGAUUGAUUUGGCUUCAUAGUGUAAUGAGAAGACACUGUAGUUUCCAGAAUCAGUCCACCUCAGUGUUCAGUGACCUGUUACGAAAUUUUUGUUAGUCAUACCUUUGCCUGGAUCCAUAGCAAGAAUGCUUUGUAUUUUUUUUUAAUAAAGAUGAUUUGUUGUGUUUUUGCACACAGACAUGACAAUAAAUGAUGUUUAUCAUAGGAAGAGA